AUGGCUGAGCCUAGCAUCAAAGAAACGGAUAAGACUUUAGACUUCGCAGAAGCAGGUCAAGAUUCAUCCAACGGCCAUCUUAAUUUCGGACAAGUCCAUAGCUUGAGAAAUAAUUUCUCUCUUCUGUCAGUCAUUGGCAUAGGCUUUUCACUUGCAAACUCCUGGUUCGGCAUUUCAACCGCUCUAGCCACAGGCAUUGGCUCGGGAGGCCCUGUUCAGAUUGCUUACGCUCUUAUCUUGGUUGCAUUUAGUUAUCCUCCGCAAUGCCCAAUGCCGGAGGUCAAUACCACUGGACUGCUUGCUACCCCAAAGUAUAGCCGGCUACUUCCAUAUAUCACUGGCUGGCUUGCAUGGGCUGGUUCCAUAUUCACUUGUGCAAGUAUUGCACUCGGUGUUAGACAGCUCUGUAUGGGUUGUAUCAAAUUGGUCCAUCCAAAUUUGUUCAGAGCUGAAACCUUGGAUGGCAUUCGUCAGCUAACAAAUUAUCAAUCUGAGCUGCGCAUCAUUCGAUAUCUACAGCAAUACAAUUGCACUGGUGACCCAAUUAAGGCAUCGUCUUAUCAAUCAGCAAAUUUUUGUUUACAAUUCAUCAAUGAGACGGGAUGGAGAAGCGAUGGCAUUGCAUACAUUGUCGGGCUUGUCGACUCUAAUUGGGCUCUCAAUGGUCUUGAUUGCGCAACACAUAUGGCCGAAGAAGUCUUGGAGCCGGAGCGUAUUAUUCCAUUGCUAUUAUGGCAACCGUUGCAAUUGAGUUUAUCACUGCAUGGACUUUUGGCAUCGCAAUGA